UUGGGCUGGUCAGAUUGAAUUUUUCUUACAAACACGUCGGUUCGGUGCGCAGUUUGUGUCGUUUAUUAAAAUAAAUAAUGAAUAAAAAGGAAAUGUGUUCUUAACGGCAAAAUAAAUAUCAUUCGUUUGCACUUGUGGGUCCUAUAAAAUCAACGUUUUAUGGUCGUAUUAAAUUGCGAGCCGCGCCGCGUAGUGCAGUGAACCAUUUGAUAUUGACACCAAUUCGGGUUUGAUGAUGUCAUAGUAUUUAUUUUAUCCAUAUUCCAUAUUGAAUGGCUACUAACAACAAAAAACAAGCAAAAUCAGCUAAAUUUUUCGUGAUUAAAGUUAAAAAACCAUAACAUAUUUGUUCUUUUGUGCAGUGACUAUCUGAAAAAAAAAAUCAAUACCAAGCUAAAACCAAUUGCGAUUUGGCCAGAAAGCACGCAGGCUGUGCUUGAAAUAAUCACGAAAGUUUUUCUUCUAAAGUGAUCACCAGCUGCUACUGUGGUUGCGUCCAUAUAACCAGCUUACCCCAGUGACCUUGUGGACGGAACGUCCAUCUGUCGGAUCUUGAAACGGCAACAAUAUGGUAUUCGAAUCUGUUGUCACCGAUGUACUGAACAAAGUACUCGGUGAUUAUGUUGAAAAUUUAGACAAAAAGCAGUUAAAAAUCGGAAUUUGGGGCGGCGAUGUAGUUUUAAAUAACUUAAAACUAAAAGAAAAUGCCCUUGAUGAAGUGGAUUUGCCGGUGCAGCUUGUCUAUGGUUUUCUAGGUAAGCUGGUCUUAAAGAUACCAUGGAAGAAUCUCUACAGUCAACCAGUGAUUGCACAAAUCGAGGAUCUGUAUAUGCUUGUUGCGCCCAAGCAAGCGGUUCAAUAUGAUGCCGAGAAAGAAGAAAAAUACGAUCUGCAGACAAAGCAGGCCGCGCUCAAAGCGCUUGACGAUGCACACAAAAAAGAACUAAUGAAAAAUGAAGCCAAACCGGAUGCCACAUUUUCCGAAAAACUAACGGCGCAAAUCGUUAAUAAUCUUCAAGUAAAAAUAUCGAAUAUCCAUAUACGCUAUGAAGACACCUCCACAACGGGUGAGACAUUCGCAGUGGGUGUUACGCUACACGACCUCGAGCUGUAUACCACCGAUGAAAACUGGGAGAAGUGCUAUCUCACGCAACAAGUCAGCCGUGUCUUUAAAAUUGCAAAUCUCGACUCAUUGUCAGCGUAUAUGAACUGCAGAACCAGCAUUUAUUCAACACUGUCGAAGGAAGAGUUGGCAAAUGUUUUUCGUAAAAAUAUUGCACAAAAAGAUUCGGUGCCAGCCGACUAUAAUUAUGUUGUUGGUCCGAUUUCGGUAAUGGGGAAGCUACAGCUAAAUAUGAAUCCCGAGUACGAUACCCCAGCAUUUGUGAUACCAAAGAUCGACUUAGCCUUAGAAAUGCAAAAGCUGCGCGUCGGUCUGACGAGCACGCAAUUCCAAGAAGCUAUCAAGCUGGGUGAAUCUAUGAACCGUAUGCAAUUGGGCGCACGGUAUCGUAAAUAUCGACCCUCUAAUAUACCAUAUAAGAAACACUACCGCCAGUGGUGGCAGUUUGCCAUCAAUGCCAUUUUGGAGGAAGACAUUAAAAAACAUAACAGAGAGUGGACAUGGCAGCAUAUCAAAGAGCAUCGUCAACGUUGCAACACAUACGCAGAGAGCUUUAAAGAAAAGGAACUUUCUAAAAAACCACCGGCCAGCCUCAUCGAAACCUGUACGUUGCUCGAGCAGAAGCUGGAUCUGUUUAAUUUAGUUUUGAUACGUAAGCGCGUUCAAAUUGAGGUGGAUAAAAUCCGAAAGGAUGAAGAAACGAAAGCUUCACAGAAGAGUGGCUGGUUUGGUGGCUGGUUCGGCGGUGGACAUAAGGCCGAAGAUGAAGGAGCUAACGACAUUGUUAAAAAGUUCGAGGCCGCAAUGACCGCAGACGAGAAGGCGAAGCUUUAUGAUGCUAUUGGCUAUCAAGAGGGCACGCCCCCACCAGAUAUGCCGGUACAGUACGAGGCUAUAAAAAUGCAAUUCAAACUGCUUGCUUUGGAAGUUGGUCUGUACGAUGACAGCAGUGUAGUGGGAAAAGAGAACGUUAGUUUGGACCAAUUGAAAACGCUUAUGCUGUUGAAUUUCUCUAUGACUACUUGCAAUCUCUGCCAACGUCCUGGCGGAAAUGCUUUAAGUGUUACUGUUGGCAUGCAUGAAAUGAAACUUUUAGGCUUGCAUCAGGAUAACACAGCGCCCGUUAUAAUUGAAUCUAAAACUACCGAUGAAUUAAAUCUACUCGACAUAUUCUUCGAGACGAAUCCUCUUGACAAGAAAUGCGAUCAACGUAUUAAGGUAUCGGCGCGCCCUUUGCAAGUCGUUUAUGAUGCCGAUACGAUAAUACGCUUGGUAAAAGUAUUCACGCCACCCAAAGCUAAUUUAUCCGAAUUGGAAGGUGCCGCUACUGAACGCAUGGCAAAUUUCAAAGAACGUUCUGCUACGGGUCUGCAAUACAUGAUCGACUCAAAAUCUGCAUUGGAGAUAGAUAUACAAUUUAUGCCGAACAUUAUUAUAAUACCCAGUUCGGGGAAAUACUCUCCUGAUAGCAAUAAUAAUUCGCUAAUUGUUAUAACCCUGGGCAAAUUCAUUGUUUCAUCGAAACCGCACAAUGUCUCUUCGAAUGAUUUGCAGGGCAUGCUUCAAGCUGGAAAAGGCGACCUAUCUCACGUAUUGGAACGUGCAUAUGAUCAAAUUCAAGUCAGCAUAGCUGACAUACAGAUAGUGGUUUCUAGGCCUGGAGAGGAUUGGGAAAAUACGCUUGCCUCUGCUGUGCAAUCAGAUAUGCAUAUACUGCGUCCAACAUCUGUCCUAUGUAAUGUGUCGUUAUGCGCUGUGGAUGAUGAUCCGCGAUUGCCAAAGAUGAAAAUCGACAUAGAGUUACCUUCAAUUGCUCUAAAUAUAACUGAAGAUCGUCUAUUUGAUGCGCUACGCGUGGCAACAAGCAUCCCAAUGCCGGAGAGUGAUACGGCUCAACCAUCACCAAUUACGAGAGCAUUAAGCACAGCUUCGUCAAAACUCUCGUUGGCUAGUUUUCUGACGCAGGAGAAAAAAGCCAAGAAACGCACAGAAAACCUCGAUCUAUCUACAGAGAUCGUCCAGUAUACGAAUUUAGAGUUGAUAUUCACAUUGAAAGAAUUUAUGGUUUCGUUAAAUAAAUCAGUACCUAUAAAAGAACCGAAGCUAAGUGAGAAUAAGAACAAAGUGUCAUCAUCGCCGAAGGCGUCCCCAGCGACGCCAGUAGAAUCACCUCAGGAUUCUAAUGCAUUCGGAACGCCUGUUGAAGAAAUGCCUAAUGAGCAGUUACUGGAAGAGGUUGUCAGCUGCACUUCCUCAAAUUGCACCGUUGAGACCAUAUUAUCCUUGCAUGUGCUGGAGCUGGGCGUAAAAAUGUAUCAACGCACAUACGAAAUGGUAGUGGAAGCAAAUCUGGGCGCUGUGAAUUUGAAGCGUCAUGACUCCUCUGAAAACUUACACUAUCAGCUAAAUAUCAUUGACACCCCACGAUUUUCGGAAGAACUCAAGUAUUUACUUACCGUCUCAUAUAUAAUGGCGCAUCGCACUGCUCCUGAGUUUUUUACAAAAUACAAUGCCACUGAACAAUUGAUCAACAUUAACUUCUCCACUUUAAACAUAACACUGCAUCAAGAAGUCCUGCUGCAAUUGCUCGAAUUGGCCGAUUCUUUCCAACGCAAAUUGGAGAAAGUUAUUAAGCCGUCAACACCAGUUAAAGAGCAACUUAAGGACCGUAUAGCCUAUGCUGGCGAAUCAGGUAUAUUGAGUAAAUUAGCUGUCAUAGCGGAAGAGGGAGAAGAUGAAGGUAUUAUAGCUCCGGUGAAGAGUCGUCCGCAGCGACUUGCAAAGGUGGUGGACAGCAUACAGGUUCACGUAAAAGCCAAAAUGGAGCAAGUUUCGUUGCUUCUGACAUGCCAAAAGCGACCAUUGGCUUCACUGGAAGUGCAACAUUUUGAUGCGAAUGUAAUUUUGAAGUCAUCCUACACUGAGUUGAAUGUACGCCUGAAGGAUAUCGUGGUAACGGAUUUGAAUCCAUUGACUAAACAUAGUGGUAUCCUUUCAAUUGUUGGAGAUAAUGCGCUGGAGUGCCAAGUGAUCAAAUUUAAUUUGGAUGAGACUUCUAAUUACAAUUCAGACGACAUGCGCAUAACAGUAUCGAUUGGAGGCAUGAAAAUAGUAUUCCUCAAUUGGUUCGUCACGGGUGUCUUGAGUUUUCUCAACAACUUCCAAGCGGCUCAAGCGGCCCUUGCCCAGGCGAGUGCUGCUGCAGCAGAUGCAGCUAAACAAAAUGCUAUGGUUGCCUAUGAGAAUGCAUCUCGCAUGAAACUUGAUAUCAAAGUUAAAGCGCCCGUGAUUAUUGUGCCGAUGGACUCACAAAGUUUCAAUGCCAUCGUGCUGGAUCUUGGUUUUCUCUCAUUGAAUAAUAUCACAACUGAAGUGGAAGUGCGGGGUGAUACUCGACGCGCGGUUCUUGAUGAGAUUAAACUUGAGUUGAAAAAUAUGCGACUAGCAAAAGCCGCCAUUUUGCUGGAACAAAAUCUGAGAUCCUCGGUCGAUACGGUUGACAUGGCCUAUGGCAUUAAGUCUCAUCUAAAUAUUUUGGAUCCAGUUAGUUGUACUUUGAUAGUAAAACGCAAUUUGUCUAGUACAUGGUACAAAGAUGUACCUGAAAUGGAUAUUUCUGGGCAUUUGAAAUCAAUUGAGUUCAAUCUCUUUAUGGAAGAUUAUGCGGUAAUAAUGGCUAUUUUGAAUCGUAAUUUGAGCGAAGGAGCAGAUGAAUUCCCCCCGGUUGAGGAACCUGAACAACCACCAUCUCCCAAACCUGCGCUGCCUGAUGUACGAACACAGGCUUCCAAAGCUGAUGUCGAAAACGUAGGGACGGUUGCAUCUAAACGCAAAGUUCUGUCAGCAGUAAAUGCUUUUGGGUCUCCACAGAAGAAUAAAAUCCAUGUACAAAUGAAGUUCAGUUUCUUAUUUGACGGUGUAGUUAUUAAUUUGCUUUUAAACAACGAAGAAGGGUUGGCACGAUUCGGUCUGUAUCUUCUAUCACUGAAGGGUAACAAAUUAAUAGAUGGCACACUUAACACCUCCGUCGUGCUAUGCAAUAUUCAAAUCGAUGAUACGCGUCUGUCAAACAAAAGUCCAAUUAAAAAAUAUCUUUGUCGCAAGGAUUGGAAUGAAAACCAGCUGGACCAGGAAGCCGAAGAGUCAACAGAUGUAAUGGAUGCUUGCAAGAAGGAUGUCAAUUAUAUGUUGGACUUAACUGCUAGUAUUAGAGAAGAUGAUGUUUUUGCUGAGGUGCGUGUUUCCAGCUUCGAUUUGAUUUUAUGCGUCGACUAUCUCUUGAAGCUCGCUGAUUUCUUCAAAUUACCCGAAGAUUCUGAACCAACAAGUCCACAAAAGAAGAAAGAGAGCACUCCUACUCCAACUCACGCAGCUCCAAAGGUAGCACCUAAGGCAGUGACCUCAAACCAAGCCGAGGCCGCUUCCCAACCAGCUGCAAAUAAUAAAAAAAUGAACUUGAUAUUGCAUAUCGAGGAACCCGAUAUUAUACUAGUGGAAAACCUAGAUGAUUUGAAAUCGAAUGCCAUCAUAUUUAAUGUGCAGGCGCAGUUAAAUUAUCGCGCAAUCGGUGAAAAACAAAUCAUCAAUGGACAAAUUGAUUCUUUGAAGAUGUAUAUGUGUUCCUUUAUGCCAGAGCGGCGUGAGGCUACGCGGCAUUAUAUUUUACACCCUUGCAUGAUCAGUUUGCAGGGCUCAACACCCGAAGAGGAAGGCCUCCAUGUCAGCUUAAAACUGAGUGAAAUUAUGCUGAAUGUAUCACCCGCUACUAUAGAGCUAUUGAACAAAGCUAUGCGAACUAUAAGCGCGGAUAACGCCCAGACACAAACGAAUCAAAGACUUGAGACUGAUUACAGUCAUUUAUGGGCAGAGGAAACGUUUCAAGAUAGACGCUAUUGGUUCCUAAAAGCCGACCGUGCAGUUGACGCAUUGGAAUACAUUGAUAGCCAGAUAUUGGAAGUACCUCAAAAACAAAAGACAGAAAGAUGUAUCGUUGAAGUGCCCAAUAUUACUAUUGUCAUUGAAACAGGCAUUGGCUAUUAUACGAAGCCUCUGAUUGCACUUGAUACGCGAUUGAACGCGGUCGUCAGUGACUGGAGUAGUGAUUUGAAAAUUCGUGGCUCGCUUACGUUAAGCACUAACUAUUACAAUGAGUCCUUGGCAGUAUGGGAGCCGAUUAUUGAAAUGAAUGAACACAUAAAUCGUAAAGGUGAACACGAAUAUUUGCCGUGGGAAUUAACUUACAAAGUGGAUAUAAUAAGUCAGAAAAAUGAAAACGACAAUGAAAUCGAUGAAGAACAGGAAGAACAAACAGAAAAAGUCACACAAAUUGCCAUACACUCAGAUGAAGAUUUGCAGUUCACAGUUACUAAGUCGUGCCUGGAUCUGUUGGGUGUCUUGGGCGAGGCCUUCUCGCAGGCCAUCAAUGUAGAGGGUCUUGUUAAACCCGAAGUGAUAGCACCCUAUGUUGUAGAAAACGAUACCGGUUUCGACAUUUCUAUAAACUUUAGACGCGGUAUAUUCACGCUGCAUGAGUGUCACUCGCCAAGAGCAACACUGGCUAAAAGCUUGAACAGCUCACUGAUAUUCGCAUCUGAAGAUGCUGAUGCCAACUUUUCGCCAGAACAAGUAAAAGAUUGUACGAUUUCGCCUGGUGGACGUGCAUACCUGCAAACAAAAGAUUUAUCUACAAUUACCAAUGAAGAAGACGAGGAAUACAAUUUAUAUGUGAAAGUGGGUGGCAUAGACAAAGAGGUAGUUCUACCUGUUUGCAAAUCAGAUCAACGCUACUUCCCGUUAUAUCGUGGCUCAAAUCAAGAUCCUUGGGGCAUAGUUUCUGAAGUGCGCUCCGAGUAUGGCACAACGAAAAUCAAUAUACAUGGCGUGGUCAAAGUACACAAUCACUUUACCACAACACUUCUUAUCCACCGGUAUAAACAAGGGCUGGCGAGAGAAAAAAUUUUAGUAGGCAAAGUGCUACCAGGAGAAAUCUUUCAUGUACCACUACAUGCCAUUUAUGCAGAUAUCAAAGACUUACACUUCAGCUUAGAAGGCUACAAUGUGUCUGUGCAGGGCAUUAAAUGGAAUGAUUGCCCAACGGAUCUCGAAUACGCCAGACAUUUACAGUGUGAUCCAUUGAAUACUUUUGAAACCUUCUAUAUCAAUGUGAAGCGUAUUAAAACCGAAAUCUUCCAUGAACACAGUGACAAAUAUACCAUAUUAAGCGCCUACUACACUUUGCAUUUACGUCCGCCGGUAUAUCUCUGCAAUGCAUUGCCAAUCAGCAUAAGUGUUUCUGUGGCCGGAUGCAGCGUGCGCAGUGCUGAAAGUGAAGAUUUAGAAAGAAAUGUGUCGAAUGCGAUUAAGGAAGAUAUGCUGGACUAUGGCGAAAAAGAAGUGGCGCCAGGAGAUGUGUUACAUUUGCCGACUGUCAAAUUAAGUAGCAAAUCGCGAGAUAAUCGCAGUUUUCUUGUUGUGCGGCUAAUCCAAUAUUUGGAAAAAGAUUGGUCAUGUACUACAGAGAUAUCUGAAGACCAUCAUGAUAUGGCUACCUGGCGUUUCAGUUCCUAUGAUUCUGAAGCUAAAAUGGAUAUGGAUUUAUGUGUUCGUUUCGACAACCGCCAAGGAGCUUUACAGAUUUCACUCUACAGUCCAUUUUGGAUGAUCAACAAAACUGGCUUGAUGCUUAGUUAUAAAACUGACGCAGAAACUGUCGAUGUACUUUAUCAUCCACCAGAGUAUAAUGGACCGAUCUUGUUCUCUUUCCGUGAGAAAUUCUUUUUUGACAAAAAGGCAGCAACGAUUCGCGUAGACAAUGGCGAUUGGAGUAAUAAAAUUCCAUUAGAUGUUGCCGGCUCGAUGGGUGCCGUAACUUGUAAAUCAAAAGACGCACCAUAUCAGAUAGGCGUGCACAAUCAUUUGACCUACAAUUCGCUGACGAAAAUGAUCACGUUUAUACCAUUUUAUAUAGCGAGCAACAAGUGUUAUUUUACGAUUGAUCUACAAGAGCAAAGCAGGCCGGGUGAUCCGUGGAUGACGGUAUUACCCAAUACUUGUACACCACUGUGGCCCAAGGAUGAUUCCGAUAUGAUGCUCAUUGCACGCGUACUCGGUCAAUGCACACCUGCAUUUAAGUACUCUGAAGCGCAAUGUACGCUCUUAAAACUACCAGGCAAUAAGUAUGGAGGCAUAAAUGUGGAUGUGCAAGCUACCGAAGGCGGUGUUUAUAUCAUAUUCUCUGAGUUUAAUCCUGGUGAUGCGCCUGGCUUGAUAAUUAAUCACACCAAUGUGCCGAUUGUGUAUCAAGAGAAAGAUGUAAAAGAAAGUGUUGUGCUGAAGUCACGUAGAAAAUUGUUGCAUGCCUGGUCGCACCCGUCAGGUGAAAACAGCAUUGUUUUCGAUUGGGGCGAGAAGAUCAGCGAAAAGAGCAAAACUAAAGCGGAGACAGAUUUAAGACGCGAUCAAAUUGGCGAAUUGAGGUUAGCGGAUGGUUCGACUGCGUACUGGAUAACAUUUUUGGAUGGUUUGCAACGUGUAUUACUAUUUACCGAAGAUGUUGCUAUCGCUAAAAGGCUUGAAGGCAGUGCGACAAUACAAAAGAUAACGCAGUCAGUCGAACUGCGUAUCCAUGGCAUUGGCUUUUCACUUAUAAAUAAUGCGAUUGGCACGACUAUUUUGUAUAUGGGCAUAGCGAGCUCAGGUGUGAUUUGGGAGCAAAAGAAGGGUUCAAAGAACUUCAAACAGAUGAAUAUUCAUGAAACCGCAGAGUUAGAGGAGCAAUAUCAACAGUAUUUGGUAGAUCGAAGUGUGCAACAAGUGAAAAAAUACUAUCUCGAUAGCAAACAUGAAAUCGAUUUUGGAAACAUGAUUCUGAAAAAGAAUAGAGAGCGCGAACUACAUCGCACCUUUUAUCCGGGCGUUUGGUUUAAAAUGAAUACAUCACCGUAUCAAAUGCAACUGCAUGCAAAAAUCAAUAAAAUUCAAAUUGACAAUCAAUUAAAUGAUUAUAUCUUCCCUGUUGUGCUCGCGCCGAUACCCCCGCCUAAGAGUGUUGCCACAACGACGGUGCUGAAGCCGUUCAUAGAAAUGAGCGUGGUGCAAUGGGUGGUGCCCAACUCCACGGUCAAGCAAUACAAAUAUGCUACUAUGCUCAUACAGGAAUUCCAUUUCAAAGUGGAUUUAAUGUUUCUCACAGCACUCGCGGACAUGUUCGCUGCGAAAGUAAGUGAUGAACAAGCGGCUAAACUCUUCAAUGUAAAUGUGGAAUCGAUUGAAAAGCCACUAUCUGAUCUCGUAGAGACGCAUUCUGCGCAAGAACAAAAGAAUUUCUAUGAUAAUUUGCAUUUGGGACCAAUUAAAAUACACGUCAGUUUCUCGAUGGCUGGUUCGGACACCACAGCUUUGCCGGGUAUUCUAUCUACGCUGGUGCAAGGCGUUGGAGUUACGCUGACCGAUGUUAAUGAUGUCGUUUUUCGGUUGGCUUUCUUCGAGCGUGAGUACCAGUUCUUUACGCAGCAGCAAUUAACUUCUGAGAUCACGGCACAUUAUACGGGUCAAGCGCUUAAACAGUUGUACGUGCUUGUCUUGGGCUUGGAUGUGCUUGGCAAUCCGUAUGGCUUGGUUGUAGGUCUAAAGAAAGGCGUUGAAGAUUUGUUCUAUGAACCAUUCCAGGGUGCUAUACAAGGGCCUGGCGAAUUUGCUCAAGGUCUAGCGCUCGGCGUCAAAUCACUAUUCGGUCACACAGUAGGGGGAGCAGCUGGCGCCGUAUCGAAAAUUACUGGUGCAAUGGGUAAAGGGCUGGCUGCACUGACAUUCGACGAGGAGUAUCAGAAAAAGCGACGUCUGCACAUGAAUAAGAAACCACAAACUUUCUCCGAGGGUAUAGCACGCAGCGGCAAAAGUCUGGUUAUGGGCUUUGUAGACGGCGUUUCGGGCGUGGUAACCAAACCAGUGGCUGGUGCACGAGAAGAGGGCGUAGAAGGCUUCUUCAAGGGUGUUGGCAAAGGCAUGAUUGGUUUUGUGGCACAACCCACAGCUGGUGUAGUUGAUUUUGCAAGCGGCAGUUUUGGGGCGGUGCGCCGCGCGGCUGAAGGACAAAAUGAAGUGUCGCGUUUGCGUGCGCCACGCUACGUACACCAGGAUAAUGUGAUACGACCCUAUUGUCGAGCCGAAGCCGAAGGCAAUCGUGUAUUUAAGGAAAUCGAAAAAGGCAAAUAUGCUGGCACCGAUGUUUUUAUACACUGCGAAGAAGUGGUGCCAAAACACGAGUUCCUGGUCGUCUCGAACCAUCGCGUCAUACAUGCAACCAAAAAUGAUCUUUUCGGGACAUAUUCGGUACAAUGGAAAUACCGAUAUGAAAACAUUGACGCAUUUACACCGACUGAUAAAGGACUUGAAAUCAGACUGAAGAAGCAAAACAAAAAAGUCAUGGGCAUGUUUUCAACUAACGAAGUGGUCCGCAAACAAAUCUUCAUCAAAGAUCCAAAGCGCCGCGAUCGCUUGAUUGAAAUUUUGGAAUCUCAGCACAAGAAAUUGUAAUAAUUUCUCCGUUUAAUAUGCCUUUGCUACAGUCUUAAAGUCUAAUCGAAGCUAUCAAAUAUAAAUGGCGACUGCCUGCAGAAGCAAAUUCAAGCGCUGACAAGCUGAAAACGCAACAUUUGAAGAAACCAAACGAUUUACACAAGCACAUCGAUCGAUUGCGUACCAAUAUAAAUUUUCUUAAAAUAUUAAUAAAAACUGAAUUACGAGAAUGAUAUUUUUAAUACUGCAACUAAUCAUGUUGCUUGCUAAAAUCAAGCGCUAUGUACUUUUAAUCUCUAACUGUAAGCUUUUUUAUUGAAUUUUUAUUUAUAAUUUAUUUUGUUAUAUUCCUUAGCUGUCAAUAUGUAGUUACAUACAGGCAUAUGCACUUCCAUGCAGACGAAUAUACUAUGUAUUCAUAAAAAUGUUCCAAUAUUCAACCUAAACUGUAUUGCUUUACAUCGCGAGACUACCUCGUAACUGCUAAAAAAAAAAAUGAAACUAAUUUUCUUUCUUGGGCCACCUUUCUUAUGGUUCUUUUUAUACUAAAUAAAUAUUUAAAAUAUGUAUAUGUAUAUAGUCUACAUAUAUUCAUACAAAUACAUUCACUAAAAUAGCUAGCCGAUCAUCAUUUAAUUUUGUCAUAAAAUUAAAAAAUAAAAGUUAUUAAUGUUGUAGUUACAUAUUGACGUUUCCUAUAUAUUGACGUUAUCAUUGCUAGCAAGUGUAUCGAAAAUCAAUGAAGAUAUAUCAAACAAUUGCUUAAACACCAUGGUCCGAUUUUUAAUGUAAAAUCAAGAUUCUUGUGAAAAUUGUACAUUUCCUUAACAAAUUCACUGGUUUUUGACGGGUUUUUGAAGUUAUUUUAAAAAUUGUGGGACUUCAAAACCGUUUUUGCUGCGAUAGUUGAAUACACAAAAUAAUAGAAACAAUAAAUUCACAACAAAAAGAAUAUUUAAUGUUAAACGAUUUUUACACACAUAUUUACAAGCGUAAAAAUGUUAUCUGAAAUAAAUGUGCGGAAAAAUAAAAUGAUCUGUUAU